GUGUUUUCAGCCAUCUCGUUUGACUCAUUUGUUUGGUCACUACUUGUUGCUACUGCAUCAGUAAGGCAACUUCAAGUGUUCGAAGCUCAUGAAAAACGUAGCGAAGUUUACUUCUGAGUGAGCGUGAUUACCAUUAUCGUUGUUCUGCUUGACUCAAGCAUGUCCAACCACGAACGGGGGGACGACAACAAAGGUUUCGGAGAUGGAGAUCGACGUCAAUAUAGAGCACCGACAUGUUUUAACUGCCAUGAGCAAGGGCACUAUGCCAAUCAGUGUCCACAUCGCGAUCGACGACAAUAUCUAAGUCGGCCGUCGACGUCCACGGACUCCAGGAGAUCGCGUUCCCCGCGAAGAUUCGAGCACAGGAGGUACGUGUCUCCACCACGGCAGGAAGCGGAGCUGCGUGGUAAAUUGGCUGCGCUAUCACAAGGCGUAGCGGAGAUGAAGAAACAUUUCAAUGCGGAGAAAGCGAGAAAAGAGGCGAAAGAGCGAAGAAAGCUGGACAAGGAAAGAAGAAAAGAAGAAGAGAGACGGAUAGCUGAGGAGGAGGAAAAACGAAAGAUAGAAGAGGAAGCAAGGCGCGAGGAGAAGAAACGUAAGAAAGUGGAGAAAGCUAAACGUGAAGCCAUACUACGAGCGGAGAUGAAGAAGGAACUGUGCAUCUCCGAGAAGCAAAAGCGUGAAGCGGACGUGGUCCUCGAAGGAAGCCCACCGAUGGAGAUGCCAGCUAAGCGGACUCCGAGGAAGGUCGCCAGACCGAUGCUACCUACGGAGCGGUUGACAAGAUCUAAGGCCAGGAAGAAGGUGGGAUGCAUCAUGGUACGAGCUAAGAGGAAAUCUCAAGUGAAGACCCCGCUCGACAAAGUAGUCAAAUCUGGCAAGAAGGCAUCACCAGAUUCACCACCAAGCGGCCGCAUCACUCCGGUCAGUAAAGUUGUACUGAGGUUGCGCUACCGUGACGCCGUCAUGCGAGAACUGAAAGACAGCAACGAGGAUGAAUUCCAAAGAAUCUGCCGAGAAGAGGGUUUGCACUACGAGGGUAAGAUCGAUGCGAUUUUCGAUAUCGCUGAGUAUCGCUCCAGGCGUCAGUUUCCUGAGGGCAACCAAGCGAUUGAGGGAAUCCCCAUAUCUGUUUCAAAUGACACUGAAGCUGUUGAAACCCCAGCCAAUGACCUCGAGUGAUGUGGGUUUGAUCCUGAUUGAUUGUGGGGAUUGUGCAGAUAUGUUACGAGUGUUCGGUGUAG